UUGGUGUCUAGCGCGCUAUGAUGACGUCACGAAGCUGAUGGUUGAGGAUGGCUGUGGUGGGGGCGGCUGUGGCCACGACCCGGAGAGGGUCAGCACAACCGCAGAGACGACGAAGAGCCCGCCGCCCGCGCGAGGUGUAGACGGGGCACUGCCUAUAGAGCAGGUCCUGCCAGCCUCACGGGAGAGGAUGCCCCCGUGUCCGUGAUGGGCUGUGGGACAAGCAAGGUCCUUCCUGAGCCUCCCAAGGAUGUCCAGCUGGAUCUCGUCAAGAAGGUGGAGCCCUUCAGUGGUACUAAGAGUGAUGUGUAUAAGCACUUCAUCACAGAGGUUGACAGUGUUGGCCCUCCCAAAGCUGGGUUUCCAGCAGCUAGUCAGUGUGCAAAUCCCAGCUCUGGUGUCCCCACUACCAGCCACACAGAGCCUCCCUCAGAACCACCACGCAGGACCAGGGUAGCUAAGUACAGGGCCAAGUUCGACCCACGAGUGACAGCCAAGUACGACAUCAAAGCCCUGAUUGGCCGAGGCAGCUUUAGCCGAGUGGUACGUGUGGAGCACCGAGCAACCCGGCAGCCAUAUGCCAUCAAGAUGAUUGAGACCAAGUACCGGGAGGGGCGGGAGGUGUGUGAAUCGGAGCUGCGCGUGCUGCGCCGGGUGCACCAUGCCAACAUUAUCCAGCUGGUGGAGGUGUUUGAGACACAGGAGCGUGUGUACAUGGUGAUGGAGCUGGCCACUGGCGGAGAGCUCUUUGACCGCAUCAUUGCCAAGGGUUCUUUCACUGAGCGUGACGCCACGCGGGUGCUACAGAUGGUACUGGAUGGAGUCCGGUAUCUGCACGCACUGGGCAUCACACACCGAGACCUCAAGCCUGAGAAUCUGCUAUACUACCACCCAGGCACAGACUCCAAGAUCAUCAUCACUGACUUUGGCCUGGCCAGUGCUCGCAAGAAGGGUGACGACUGCCUGAUGAAGACCACCUGCGGCACGCCUGAGUACAUUGCCCCUGAGGUCCUGGUCCGCAAGCCCUAUACCAACUCAGUUGACAUGUGGGCGCUGGGCGUCAUUGCCUACAUCCUGCUCAGUGGUACCAUGCCCUUUGAGGAUGACAACCGCACACGACUGUACCGGCAGAUCCUCAGGGGCAAGUACAGUUACUCAGGGGAGCCCUGGCCCAGCGUGUCAAACUUGGCUAAGGACUUCAUUGACCGCCUCCUUACGGUGGACCCUGGCGCCCGUAUGACUGCACUGCAGGCCCUAAGGCACCCGUGGGUAGUGAGCAUGGCAGCCUCUUCAUCCAUGAAGAAUCUGCACCGUUCCAUCUCCCAGAACCUCCUCAAACGUGCCUCCUCGCGCUGCCAGAGCACCAAAUCUGCCCAGUCCACGCGUUCCAGCCGCUCUACACGGUCCAAUAAGUCGCGCCGCGUGCGGGAGCGGGAGCUGCGGGAGCUCAACCUGCGCUACCAGCAGCAGUACAAUGGCUGAGCCUCUUGGCUGUGGUGCAGACACAGCCUGGUCCCAGCCUGGCCGCGCAUUGCUGUGCCAUCUGGGCCUGCUGCCCUCUUGGGAGAUAGGCCUGUGUGGCCAGUGUAGGUGACUGGUCCCAGCCCCUUCUCUGUGCCUUCAGCAGUCCCCAUCCACAUCCUGGGCCUGAGCCUGGUGUGAUAGGGUGGAGGUUGGCCCAGGGGCCUGUGAGUCCCCUGAUGUGGGAGCCUGGCCUGGCACUGAUACUCCUUUGGUGGCACCUAUUCUCAUACAAGUUGGGGAAAGGGCACCCCUUUGCUCUUGCCCAGACCAAAGGGUCAUGCAGUGCUGGGUAGAGGGUGUCCUGUGGUUCCAGGACCCUUUAGGGCAGUUACUUCUGGAACCCUGUUUUCCUCAACCAAGCCUUCCUUCCUGGUCCCCCACAUUCAAUGGUAUCCUCAUAAUUAUGCUCCAUUGAGAGGUCCAGAUAGGAACAAAGCUUGUGCCUUGGCUGGACUCCCAGCCCCUAAGUCUAAACAGUCUCCCACCUCCCAACUGAUACCUACCUGUCUUUCUUCAUGGUGUCCCCAGAGAUCCCUCCUGGCCCUAUGACUUGUCAGAACCUUUGGUAAUAGGACCAUGGCAUGUUCUUCGGCCCUUCUGGACUGUGUAGCCAUGUUGGUAGAAGACUUCUCCGGGCUCCAGCCUCUCUCUGACUAUGAGAGAAUUCCUGCCCACCAGCCCACUGCUCUCAGUUCCUUUUUUGCAGAGCCUACCAUCACCUCCCUCUUCCCCUUAGAUGCCCAUUCUGUUCCCCAGGUGCCUCCUUCCCAACUGUGGGUGAUUAAAGGGAGCCCCACUGCUGCUACCUGGGGGAUGGGGGUACCUGGGCCAAGACAGAGGCAGGGGCUUCCCAGGGAGAGCCCCACUGGGAUUCCAUUGCCAGCCCUGGUUCCAUCCUUGGUACCGUCCAUUGUCCCUUUAGGCUCUGCUGUUGCCCUCCUCUGCAGCUGCAUGAAGGCGCCAUCUAGUGUCUGUCAUGAGUAUGGGCAGCCUAGGAAUGACCACCGUGUUAACCCUUCAUCCUUCAAGAGGAAAUCCUUCAAGAAGGAGCUCCUGCAUUGAGGGAAGGGCCCUGGGCUGCUCUACUUUCUCCUGAGCUUCUGUGCAGCUCCCCUUGGAACUUAGCCAUACUGUGUGACCUGCCUCUGAACUCUGAGUGUCCGGGGCACUGGUCUUCUCAUAGCUGGCCUUGCCCAGUCCAGCCUGUCCUAGAUUCCCUUCACAGCAUUACUCUUCCAGUCUGGGCCCCACUGAAUCUCAGGCUGGAAGGAGCCCCUGUGGAAGGUGGGUGGGAUUCAAUGGCUGCUUUCCUAGAGGCCUGAGCCAGACCAUCCCCAUGAGAGUCAUGGUGCCUCCCCGAAAACACAAACUAAGCUGGAACCCAAGCCCCCUCCCUCCACAGCUGCUUUCAGUGGCUGGGAAGGAGCUAGGCCCAGGUUUAGCCUUAGCUAGACUGCAGGGCCCCUCAGCAGGGAGGGUUUGGCCCUCACUCAGCUCCUCCUAGUGGGUAGCCUUGGGCCAGGCCUUUAUCUUUCUGCGUGUGCCACUCCCGGUGCGAAACCAAGCCAAAGAGACCACUCUGGGCCAAGUCGGCUGUGCCUUAUACAUGCCUUCCUUCCAUCCCCAGUGCCCCUGGCCCAAGGCAGUGGAGAGCCUAAGCCCCAUAGCCCACUUCCCAAGCACCUCUGGGGGCCUGAAGCCCAGCAUAGGCCUGGUCCUGAGGGUAGACAGAAGAGUUUGAAGACUUGGGCCUUUGAUGGGCCCACCUGGGCCUUUGUGCCCAUGGACCAUGGGUGGAGAAUGUUCAGUUAUUUAUUUUGUGUACUCAGUUUGUAUAUGUAUCCUCUGUAUUCAAUAAAGAGGCUGCCCUCCUCAAGGAAGGCUGCCUAUUCAUUCUGACA